AUGGCUAAGAUCGCGUCCGUGCGGUAUUACCGCGUAAAGCCCCGUUGGCUCAUGGUGAAGAUCACCGACGAGAAUGGCGAGUAUGGUUGGGGCGAGGCAACGCUCGAGGGUCAUGAUUUGGCUGUGGAGGGCUGUCUUGAGGAGAUGAUUCCUAGGAUAGUCGGCCUUGAAGCAGGCAACAUUGAGCACAUCUGGCAAAUCUUCUGGCGCCAUGGCUUCUACCGAGGGGGCCCCGUUUUCAUGUCAGCAAUGUCAGGCAUUGACAUUGCCUUGUGGGAUCUGAAAGGACGUAACCUGAAAGUUCCUAUUUACGAGCUGCUAGGCGGUCAGGUCCGCAACAAGGUGCAAGUGAAAAAGCGCAUUGCUCAAGGCCUGACUUGUGUCAAGAUGAACGCAACAGAAGACAUGAACUGGGUUGACUCUCCCAGAGUCCUGAAGGACACAAUUGAGCGUCUCAAGCAGGUCAAAGCUCUUGGUCUCGACGCUGGUCUCGAUUUCCACGGCCGUCUUCAUAAAGCAAUGGCAAAGCAGCUGGCCAGAGCGCUGGAGCCAUAUGAGCCCCUCUUCAUCGAGGAGCCCCUACUUUGCGAGCACCCAGAAGCCAUUAAGCAGCUUUCAAAUCAAACGACGAUUCCAAUCGCUUUUGGUGAGCGUCUUUACACUAGAUGGGAUAUCAAACGCUUCCUCGAAGACGCCAGCGUCGACAUCCUUCAACCAGACAUUGCUCAUGCUGGAGGUAUAUCCGAAACGAAGCGCAUCGCGACUAUGGCCGAAGCGUACGAUGUGGCGAUUGCCCCGCACUGCCCCCUUGGCCCCGUCGCCUUUGCGGCAAGUGUACAGGUCGCCUUAUCAGCACCCAACUUUUCCAUUCUCGAAAUGAGUCUGGGAAUGCAUUACAAUACUGAGGCAGGAGAUAUUGAUCUCUUGACAUAUCUGAAGAACCCCACCGUGUUCGAUAUUGAAGGCGGUUACGUAAAGGCGCCGACAGGCUACGGGUUAGGCAUUGAUAUUGAUGAGGAGAUGGUGAUCAAGAUUUCCAAAGAGACAGAGCCGUGGCAGUGCAAGGUCUUCCAUGGCCCUGACGGCAGCAUCAGGGAAUGGUAG